UUUUAUUUAAUCAGCAGUUUGCCCGUGUGCUUGACCUUUGAUAAGUGCUAAAUCAUAAUGUAGGUUUAUCAUCUGCACAUACACGCAGUUCAUUGGCAAACAGUCACAUUAUCGUGAGAAGGCGCAAUGGAAAAUGUUACUGUUGAAAUGGAGCACAAAUUGCCAAGGCCGGGCGUGUCAAAGUUGGACGGUCUUACUUGGCCUUGGAUGGUCACUCGAGAAACUCUGGAUGCUAUGAAAGUGUUUGAAGUUAGGGAGGAUGAUGUGUGGGUGGUAACGUUUCCAAAAUCAGGUACACAUUGGGCUUUAGAAAUGGCCAACUUAAUUCUUGUGGAUGGUCAUGAGCACAAGAUUAAUCGAGCUGAAGUAGGUCAUCCGGCUGAGUUUGAUUACUCUAUCCCAGGGAUGUCUGCCAGCUCCAGACGCCCUCAAAGAACUCUGCCACAGUACAAGUAUAUUCAAAACUGGAAAGCUCCACGAGUUGUCAUGUCACACCUACCAGAAGAACAGAUUCCUGAGCAAAUCUUGCAGGGAAAAGGAAAAGUUGUGUACGUCAUUCGAAACCCGAAGGACAUAGUUGUGUCUUACUGGCACUUUGCAGUGCCGUGGACAUUUGACAAGCGAUAUGAAGACUGGGAGUGCUUCUUUCAAAUGUUCCUGAAAGGAGAAACCAUUUAUGGAUCUUGGUUUGACCACACGCUGAAUUACUGGAACAAGCAUCGCCACGAUAAAAACUUCCUCUUCCUAAAAUACGAGGAUAUGAAGCAGGACACCACGAAAGCCGUCAUCCAAAUGGCUGAUUUCCUUGACAACCCUCUCUCAGAAGAGUCCAUCAAUCGAGUGGUUGAGUUAACCAGUGUAAAGAGCAUGAAGAAGCGUUUCGACACUUCCGUCAAUCCAAAGUCACCAAAAGAUGUUCCAUCAGCAGGCUCUGAGAUAACUGUGGAUAGAGCGCCCUCUGGCCCUAUGACCCCUGAGGAAAUCAUUACAAAAUACCCAAUUGGAGCUCCGAAGUUAGUGAGAAAAGGAAUCACUGGAGAUUGGAAGUCCAAGCUGACCGUGGCCCAAAACGAGGCUCUGGAUGGACUCUUCAGAGAGAAAAUGGCAGGAUCGGGGCUGACAGUUCGGUUUGAAUAACACGAUUUUUGUUUUUAACUGUUUCUCUCUCUCUCUUUUUAUUACCCUGAUUACAACGAUUUAAUAAGAGUAAUGCAAUUUAAUGACAGUACAAUAAUUUUGCAUUUAAGGGGCGUGCAUGAUGAACAUUUCACUGCAAACUGAAGUUUUCCUGUCAGUUGCGCACAGGCCCUGAUGUUGCCACUUUUAAAAAAUCCUUGUCUCAUGCCUUUUCUGAGUAAUACCGGCCAAUCAGUAACCUAUGGCUGAGAGAGCCGUAGCACAUGGUGUGCCAUUCGCUUCGUACUUGGUGUCAGUUUGCCUGGAAAAAGUGAUUCAUGAUAAAUUCAUGAUGAUACUUUGAUACAGUUAGAUAAACAGAAUUUAUUGUUUAUAAAACACGAAAGUGAGUUCUUUUCUGUUAUGGAACGGUUACUGUUAUUGCUCACCAAAGUUCCAUUGGUAUUCUGAUGAAUGACACACAGAUGUAUUCAGCUUUUAAGGAAGUCAACAAUUACUGAUCAAGUCGCUGCAGUGGAGGCAUUUAGGAAAUGUCAAUGUGUACACAUGAGGUCUCGGAUUGGAUGCUAAAUCAUUAAACGGAAUUUUUUGUCAUUGGUACAAAACAAUACCAUCUAUCACAUGACCGUCGGCAAGAAUAGUAUUACCGUUCAUUUGUAAAGGAACUCUUGGAAUUUAGUUUAACGAAUACUUUAAAGCUGCAUCAAAAUGAAACUUGUGAGGCUUUUUCACCAGUUGUAUGAUAUUCGUUACACUAGGAAUAGAUCGCUAGGAAUAGUUGGUGUUUGUCCAUUCGUUUUUCGUGUAAUGUAAUUUUGUUCAGCACAGUCCAAUAUGAUGAAAUGAAACGCACGAGGGCACAGAAUGCUGCAGCAAGAUUAGGAAGUCGUUAAUUAUAAGCUUUGCCAUUACCUCAAUACAGUGGAUGCUCGCUAAACAAAGAAUCUUGUUCACGAUUUUCUUAUUUGUCUUUAAUUCCAUUCCUAUAAAUCUCACCCAUUUAUAUUGAUAACUUAUUAUAACCUGAUAUCUCACAGCUCUAGAACCAAUUGCCAACAACAUUAGAUGCAUGUCAGGAAAAAUAUCGCGCGAUUUUAAACAUGAGCUAAGGGAUUUUAAAGUAAAUCAUUCAGUGAUUAACACUCAACCUCAGCUAGAUAUAUUAUUGGAGUGAACUUUGUCAAGUAUGGGUAGCAUAAUUGUAUAAAUUUUGAACUAAAUUUCUUAUGCUAGGAUUUUUGUCGCUUUGAAGUCUGGCAGUGUAAAUUGCUCCAGAAAAUAUGCGAAAAGAGUUAAGUGGCUGAACGAUACACUAAAGUUCAGAAACGAGGCCACAAUCGGACCCAAAAAUCUCCAAAAGGUCGGAAGCUUGUGGUGUGGGAGCUUGGCUAUGAACAGCGUGCAAACAGCAACGUACUUGUGACUGCGCAGGUCUGGUGCAUGCAGGUGGAUUCAUCUUCAGAGUCAUCGUGUGAAGAAGAUGAAUGGCAAUAUAGAGCACGUCACUUCCAACCACUUCUUCAAGGAAUAAUGGAGCAGUAAUGGCGUUCUGAGAAGCCGAUGUGGAAGAUAACCAAAAGUCGUGAUCAAAGUCGGAACAAUUUUCAAGGGAGGGGGCCAGGUGUUAGACCAUCUGCAGGCAUCAUCCAUUCACGGGCCGAUCCUCAGUGAGGCCCACCCCAUUAUAGAACCUGUAAAAAGUGUGUUUGUUGGGGGGGGGCAGGCCCCCCAGUCGAAAAAGUGGGUGGGCCACUGGCUCCCCUGCCCCCCCCCCGCUUCCGCCGUCAGUGGUCGGGAUCCAAGUACCCUGCCAGUUAUGAGGCCGACAGGCAAGCCACUUAGCAUUUUUGGUCUUCCACUAUAAAUGACCUUUCACAAUGUAGGCCUCGAUUAGACAUUACGCAUUUUUGCAUUUUCUGUUAAAUGUUAUGUGAAGAUUGAAGCUUUAAAAAUUAUAACAACAUUUAGUUACUUUGAGCUGAUUUGAGGAAUUAAACUGUUUCCCUCGAGUCAUGAGGACGACUGUGGGUGAUCCGGGUGUAGACAAGUUGUGGAGAGGUCCAACUUAACAAAUUAAAGAUAUGAUUUUGUAAUUAUCCAUUCUAUGAUUUUCCGGACAAACCCUUUUUUUGUUUUGCCCGUUAUCUCUGUUCACACAAAUCUACACUUUGUGCUCACUUUGAUUUACUGCAGCUGCCGUCUCUACUCGGAGGUUAAUCAUAACACUUAUUGGAAGUAAUGCACAACAAACGAACUUUAAGUAGUUUUAAUUUUAUACAUGUAGUUCGGGGUAGUACGCCAUUUUGAAUAGGGCUCGUCAACUUAAGUUUUCUAUUAUUAAAAUUGUUUAUUAUUAUUUUCAGUUUUACUCCACUCAGUUUCGAUUGACGUAAACCCACGCCCUGCUUGCUUUGUUGAACUGUUCGCCGUACAUGUAGUCUAGGUAUUAUUUUACAUCUAGAUUAUGGGGCUGCACGACAGGUAACUGCCUUCGACAGGGUGCAGACCACUAAUUCAAGUUAGUCUUGCCAGCUCAUUAGCAUUGGAAGUGUCCUCCCCACAGUAUCUUUUGAAAAAGGAGAUUGUUUGGCCCCAAAAAUUAUGGGGAGAUUGUGUAAAUAGUUGCAAGGAUCAACUACUGGGUCUUUGAGCUUUCAUAUGAGAGCAGAAUUGCUGA